GGCACAGCAGCAGCCUCUGCUCCGCCGGGAUUUCUGCUGCUGAAGGAGGAGCGAGAGGGCUGGCCGGCCGGCAUGUCUGUCCACCUGUUUGAGGGGAAAGACCAUGCCGCCAUUUACCAGAAGCACCGCUUCUCUCCCCCGGACGAGCUCCUCAGCAUCAUCUUCUCCUACUUAGAAGAGAAGAAAGGCAAACCCUACGAACUGGCCGUGGAUGUUGGCUGCGGAUCAGGCCAGAGCACGCAGGUCCUGGGCCCUCACUUUGCCAGGGUCUUGGGCACAGACAUCAGUGAAGCGCAGAUCCAGCAGGCCAAGCAGGCCCACAGCCAGGCCCACGUGUCUUACUGCGUGUGCCCGGCAGAAGAUCUCCCCGUAGAGGAUGCCUCUGUGGACCUGCUCACCGCCUUCACGGCCGCCCACUGGUUUGACCUAAAGGUCUUCAUGAGGGAGCUGGAGCGGGUCCUGAAGCCGGGGGGCUGCGUCAGCCUCAGCACCUACACCCCGAGAAUCAAGAUUUGCUACGGAGACUGCUCGGCGGAGCUCAACGCCAUCUACCAGGAGACUCAAACCGUCCUUAACAAGUAUGCCAACGAAAAACUGAGUCUCGUCCUUUCGGAAUACCAAGAGAUAUUCGAUCUCGUGCCUUUUCCAGACAAAAAAAGAACUCUUUUUCAUUCAAAAGAAAUUUCCUUCACGGUCGCCGGCCUGAUAGGACUCAUGCAAUCUUUUUCCAUGUUCCAGACUUUUCAGAAAGCCCAGCCAGAGGCAGCCAAAGCCUUCCUGCAGCAGACUCAGGAGAGAUUCUUGAAGACCAUGAAAGCAUCUUCUCCCGACACGGCAUUAGGGAUAUCGUUCGAAUACGUGUGUGUUUUGGCUCGCAAGGCACCGAAGGAGAAGGAGGCCCCUUAGCUUCCAGAGGAGCAAGUCCUCCCCUCGGAGCCGGCUCCAAGGCCAAUAAAGAGGCCCAGAAGGAA